GCAUGUUUGGCGGGAAGUCGGCUUAGCUGGGCUACCUGCAGCCGCGGGGCUUUGGCGUGUCCCCGCUUUCUCUCCGCCUCUACCUCUCUCUUCCGAGACUUUGCAGUCCUUCCUGCUGGACGUCGGCCAAGGAUUCCCCCGCUUUGCACGGACGACGCACGCGAUGGCUCCCAAGAAACGCCCAGAAGCCCAGAAGCCCCUCGAAGUGGUGUUGCGUCCCCGCAGCAAGAGGGCCAGAGAUUCCGGAGAGUCGGAGCCCCAGGCCAAGAAGCUCAGUGUCAAGGGCUGCGGUCCUGGCAGAAGACAUGACUCCACCGGCCCGUGGGCGGAGCUGCCCAGCCUGCAGGUGCCGCAGCUGCAGCCCAGCAGCAGCCUGGUCAGGGCCUUGCACCAGCACAGGUUAGGCCGGGCUGCCUGGCCAUCCAUGCAACAGAGUCUCCAGCAGUCCUUCUUGCACUCUCUGGCUUCUUACCGGAUAUUCCAAAAGGCUGCCCCCUUUGACAGGAGGGCUACAUCCUUGGCCUGGCACCCGACUCACCCAAGCACCCUGGCAGUGGGCUCCAAAGGGGGAGAUAUCUUGCUGUGGAACUUUGCCGUAAAGGACAAACCCACUUUCAUCAAAGGGAUUGGAGCUGGAGGCAGCAUCACUGGGCUGAAGUUUAACCUUCUCAAUACCAACCAGUUUUUCGCCUCCUCCAUGGAGGGAACAACUAGGCUGCAAGAUUUUACAGGCAACACUCUCCGGGUGUUUACCAGCUCAGACACCUGCAACGUAUGGUUUUGCAGCCUGGAUGUGUCUGCCAAAAGCCGAAUGGUGGUCACAGGCGACAACGUGGGGCAUGUGGUCCUGCUGAACAUGGACGGCAAAGAGCUCUGGAAUCUCAGAAUGCACAAAAAGAAAGUGACCCACGUGGCUCUGAACCCGUGCUGUGAUUGGUUACUGGCCACAGCCUCUGUGGAUCAAACAGUGAAAAUUUGGGACCUGCGCCAGGUUCGAGGGAAUGCCAGCUUCCUCUGCUCACUGCCACAUAAGCAUCCCGUCAAUUCAGCUUCUUUCAGCCCUGAUGGAGCCCAGCUCCUGACCACAGACCAGAAGAGCGAGAUCCGGGUUUACUCUGCCUCCCAGUGGGACUGCCCCCUGGGCCUGAUCCCACAUCCUCACCGGCACUUUCAGCACCUCACCCCCAUCAAGGCAGCCUGGCAUCCCCGCUACAACCUCAUUGUCGUGGGUCGAUACCCAGAUCCUAAUUUCAAAAGUUGCGGCCCCUACGAACUAAGGACGAUUGACGUGUUUGAUGGCGGCUCAGGGAAGUUGAUGUGCCAGCUCUACGACCCGGAAUCUUCUGGGAUCAGUUCGCUUAAUGAGUUCAAUCCCAUGGGAGACACACUGGCCUCUGCAAUGGGUUAUCACAUUCUCAUCUGGAGCCAGGAAGAUGAGGCACGGAAGUGAGCGCCAUGAAAAGCCUAGGCCAGGCACCUGCCUGGAACCUGCGGAUGGGAACAAGCCCGGCAGGAAGAGGCAGCCCGCUGGCAAGAGGACCAAAAGGAUCCGAGUCUGGGGGGGAUUGGGGACACUUGGGGCGAGUUGGUGACCUGGCUGCUCCCAGGGUCUUGGUUGUCUCUGGCCUGGAGCUCCCCAGGUCUCUUCUCUGGGGUAUAGUGGCUGAAUGAUUAGGGAGUGUUUGACGUACACUCACCAUUGACAGCCAAUAAAACCACAGCCUGCUGA